AUGCCACGAGCUGCUAAGCCCCCUGUAAAGGCUGCUUGCCUUCCAUGUCGAUCUUCGAAGACCCGUUGCGAUGGUCAUCAACCCUGUCUUGUUUGCACAGGCAAAAAAAGAGAUUGCUAUUAUCAGCCCAGUCGACGGGGGGGUCCUCGAAGGGGUGUUCGAUAUGAAGAGGCACUGCGCAACUCGAACGCAUCAAAUACGUCAAUCUCUGAUGUAACUGAAGAGUUUGAGCCUUUCUUGGAUAACAUGAUCGGCCUGGUAACGCCAUUUGCCGGUAUCCACAACUUGGAUCUAUCGCCAGAGGCUCUGUCCGUCGGAGAUGGAGCUCAACAGAUCUGGGGCCAGCUAACACCCCACGCGGACAGCUUGUUAGACUCAGCCACUCAAUCCGGGGCUGAAUUACCAAUGAUGCGCGCUUAUCAUUCCGAAGCAGACAUGUAUGUAUGA